UGCCUGCGGGGCUGGGUCCGGGAGUGGGAGACGUGGAGUGCAGGUUGGCGGGACCGUAUCUGGGGUACCCCGGCCCCCCUUCUCCCUGCGGUGAUUCCGCGCGGCCUGCGCACUGCGCAGACUCCCCGCUGCAGUGGGCGGAGCCCCGUCUGGGCCCGCCCCCUCCUCCCUCCCGCCCCUGCUCAGCCUGUUGGGGCAGUAGCUGGGGCAGUAGCUGGGGCCCCGCGGAGGUAGCAGCUGCCGCCUGCGGAGUAAGGCCGAGUCCCCUUCGGGUUUGGAGACCCUGACACACCCACUUUCCUGCCUGGGCUCGACAUAUCCCCUGGCUGCCUGGCAAGAUGAAGCCUAAGCUGAUGUACCAGGAGCUGAAGGUGCCUGCAGAGGAGCCUGCCAGUGAGCUGCCCAUGAAUGAGAUCGAGGCUUGGAAGGCUGCAGAGAAGAAAGCCCGCUGGGUCCUGCUGGUCCUCAUCCUGGCGGUUGUGGGCUUCGGUGCCCUGAUGACUCAGCUGUUUCUAUGGGAAUACGGCGACUUGCAUCUCUUUGGGCCCAACCAGCGCCCAGCCCCCUGCUAUGACCCCUGCGAAGCAGUGCUGGUGGAAAGCAUUCCUGAGGGUCUGGACUUCCCCAAUGCUUCCACGGGCAACCCCUCCACCAGCCAGGCCUGGCUGGGCCUGCUCGCCGGUGCCCACAGCACUCUGGACAUCGCCUCCUUCUACUGGACCCUCACCAACAAUGAUACCCACACUCAGGAGCCCUCUGCCCAGCAGGGUGAGGAGGUCCUCCGGCAGCUGCAGACCCUGGCACCUCAAGGUGUGAAGGUCCGCAUUACUGUGAGCAAGCCCAAUGGGCCCCAGCCACAGGCCGACCUGCAGGCACUGCUGCAAAGUGGUGCCCAGGUGCGCAUGGUGGAUAUGCAGAAGCUGACCCAUGGCGUCCUGCACAGCAAGUUCUGGGUGGUGGACCAGACCCACUUCUAUAUCGGCAGUGCCAACAUGGACUGGCGCUCCCUGACCCAGGUCAAGGAGCUGGGAGUGGUCAUGUACAACUGCAGCUGCCUAGCUCGGGACCUGACCAAGAUCUUCGAGGCCUACUGGUACCUGGGCCAGGCGGGCAGCUCCAUCCCGGCCACCUGGCCCCGGCCCUAUGAUACCCGCUACAAUCAAGAGACACCCAUGGAGAUCUGUCUCAAUGGAACCCCUGCUCUAGCCUACCUGGCGAGUGCACCCCCACCACUGUGUCCCAGUGGCCGCACCCCGGAUCUGAAGGCCCUGCUCAACGUGGUGGAUAAUGCCCGGAGUUUCAUCUACGUCGCGGUCAUGAACUACCUGCCCACCAUGGAGUUCUCCCACCCGCGCAGGUUCUGGCCUGCCAUUGACGAUGGGCUGCGGCGGGCUGCCUAUGAGCGGGGCGUCAAGGUGCGCCUGCUGAUCAGCUGCUGGGGACACUCUGAGCCGUCCAUGCGGGCCUUCCUGCUCUCCCUGGCUGCCCUGCAUGACAACCACACCCACUCCGAUAUCCAGGUGAAACUCUUUGUGGUCCCCGCGGAUGAGAGCCAGGCCCGGAUCCCAUACGCCCGUGUCAACCACAAUAAGUACAUGGUGACCGAACGGGCCACCUACAUUGGAACCUCCAACUGGUCUGGCAGCUACUUCACGGAGACAGCCGGCACCUCGCUGCUUGUGACGCAGAAUGGGCGGGGUGGCCUGAGGAGCCAGCUGGAGGCCGUUUUCCUGAGGGACUGGGACUCCCCUUACAGCCAUGACCUUGACACCUCAGCCGACAGCGUGGGCAAUGCCUGUCGCCUGCUGUGAGGCUCUGGUCCGGCAGCCAGGCCGAGGCCUGCGAGGCCCCCCGGGGACCCAGAUAUCCUGGGUCCCGGCCCCUGUCCCCCAUGCCCCCCGCUUCUGUGUGCCCCAUCGUGGCUCACUGGCUCGCCCCUGCUCUACCCACCUCUGUCUCCGUCCCUGCCGGCCUGAUGCUGUGGCCCCGGGACCCAGCCCAGCUUGGGGGAGGGAUCAGCCCCCGAAGAAAUGGGGGUGCAUGCUGGGCCCAGCCCCCUGGCCCACCCCCCUUUCCAGGGCAAAGAGGGCUCCAGGUUAUAAUAAGAAGUAAAUCACUUGUCUGUA